AAUAGGAGAAUCUCUUUCUCCUUUCGUUGCCCAAGAUGCCGAAAGGGAAGAAGGCUAAGGGGAAGAAGGUGGCGCCAGCCCCUGCUGUCGUGAAGAAGCAGGAGGCCAAGAAGGUGGUAAAUCCUCUGUUUGGGAAAAGGCCCAAGAAUUUUGGCAUUGGACAGGACAUCCAGCCCAAAAGGGACGUCACCUGCUUUGUCAAAUGGCCCUGGUACAUUCAGCUGCAGUGGCAAAGAGCUAUUCUCUAUAAGCGUCUGAAAGUGCCUCCUGCCAUUAACCAGUUCACCCAGGACUUGGACCGCCAGACAGCUACUCAACUGCUUAAGCUGGCUCACAAGUACAGACCAGAGACAAAGCAAGAAAAGAAGCAGAGGUUGUUGGCUCGGGCUGAAAAAAAAGCUGCUGGCAAGGGGGAUGUUCCUACCAAGAGGCCACCUGUCCUUCGAGCAGGGGUUAAUACUGUCACCACUUUGGUGGAGAACAGGAAGGCUCAGCUGGUGGUGAUUGCACAUGACGUGGAUCCCAUCGAGCUGGUGGUCUUCCUGCCUGCCCUGUGCCGUAAGAUGGGGGUUCCCUACUGCAUUCUCAAGGGGAAGGCCAGGCUGGGGCGUCUAGUCCACAGGAAAACCUGUACCACCGUUGCCUUCGCACAGGUUAACUCGGAAGACAAAGGAGCGCUGGCUAAGCUGGUCCUUAUCCGGACCAAUUACAAUGACAGAUACGAUGAGAUCCGCCGUCACUGGGGAGGCAACGUCCUGGGCCCCAAGUCGGUGGCUCGCAUUGCCAAGCUGGAAAAGGCAAAGGCUAAAGAACUGGCCACCAAUCUGGGCUGAGUGUACACUGUUGGCGUUUUCUGUACAUAAAAGUAAUAAAAAGUCUCCUUUAAAAAAAAAAAAA